UCUGUUCAGAAGCAAUGAGACUUUGCGGCUGAUUUUGAUGCAUUCACAUGAGGUACAUACUUCACUUGGUGCUUCCAGUCAUCUAUAAAUGCUUCUUCCAUUCCAAGGAAGAGGAGCUACUUAUCUGGUGUAAAAUCACCUCUGGAAAGAAUCUUUUAUAUCAGCCUAACCAUUCUCUGUUUGCUAUAUAAAUUCCGUUUUAUCUUCCCAAUUCAUUGGUUUAUAAGGGCCCAUCAUGUCUGAUUUCGAGCAAGAGGGAGAAAACAUUGGGGCCUUCAGCAGGAACCAGAUUAAGUUCCUGGUCGAAAAUCAAACUGCCUUUGAAUUAGAAGCGGAAGGCUGUUUCGCUGACUGGGGAGACUUUGCGGAACCUCCAUCUACGAUCAAACCCUACAGUUCGGGCAGCGGCGGACACGUCAUCAGCUCUCGUAGUCCGUUUACUGGAUCGGCUGGCAUGUCCGGUUAUGCGGUCAAAAGUGGCUCUGAGGCGUUGUAUCUCCGAUUUCUAGGUUCCAAUCCUUACAUGAGCGCCAAGGACAACUACUGUACUUCGGCUGUCUUGACUCGGGAUGCAAAUAUUGGCCAGGGCGAUUAUAACUGGCUCUACUACAGAGAAGAGAAGGACGACUCGAAAUCCUUCAACGGCGGGACUCUGACAGUCACUAGCAACAUAGGUCAAGCCGAUGAUUGCGUCGCAAUCUUCACAGUUACUUUCGAGGAGUGAUUUUUGCCGCGGGAUGCAGUCUUUGCACAUGGGCACUAUUCUAACGGUCCUUCCAGAGGCCCAGCUGGUUCGAGAUUUGACUUGUCAGGGGUUCAUCCCAUUAGGGAGGUUGGCAUGUUAAGAGGGGUGAUCUAAACCAGUACAGAGAAGACGAUACUUCAUGUAUACCACGUUCUUUAGUAGACUACCUAGGUAUCUUAACAUUCCUUGCAUGACGAUGAUGUGCCCCUCUCAUUACCUAUAUUCACGUCGUGACAAGGCUUCUAUGUUGUUACACAGCAACCGUCAGACGAUGGGUCAACCGUAUGGCAAGGUCCUAGAAAUGGGAUUAAUGACGCACGGAAAC